CUGAGAGCAGUGGAAAAUGCUUUAGAGAAAACUCCGCGAAAUUUUGAAAAUUAUAAAAUGACUAACGAGCGAAAGUCGUGCCUGCAAAGAGCUCUCAAAUGGUUUUGGAUAUGUUUUACUUUUAAGCAAAUAUUGAGCGCUUCAGCACUGCCGCAGAACUACUUCGAACAAGCCGCUGCUGGCGCACUCGGUGUCGCCAAUCACAUAGCGGAGGCCUUUCAAAAUGGCGCUGCUGUGCGCAAGGGAAUGGGAUUUCAGCUACCCGGCAUGAGCAUGCGUUCCAAAACGGAGGUGGGUAUGGGUGAAGCGGUCAUUCAUCGCAGCUAUAGUAGUGAAGAGGAUUCGCAUGAGUAUCGACGUAAGCGUGCGAUCGAUAGCAAUGAAGAUCUUGCAACGGGCGGUCCACAUAUUUCCUUCUCCAAACUCAUGCGCAAAAUCAAUGCGCCCUGCCAUAGUGGUAGUGGUGGUGGCACCGGUGGCGGGGAUGCAGGUGGUGAUGAUAUUGUCGACGAAGCACGUCGUCGUAUGGCACGUAUGAGAGCUCGAAAAGCGGCGGCGGGCAAGAAGAAGAGCACUUCAACCAAGAAGAAGAGUGGUCGUCGUCGUCGUCGCAGGCGUCAAACUGAGUUGGACGACUUGGAGGAUUUGGGUGAGAGUAAGCGUGCCGAAUUUAAAAAUGAAUUUCGAGCGCAUGUGCAGGAGUUCACUGACAAAAUGAAUCGUGUCUAUGAACACAUCUCAGCUUCGGUGAUGGAAAUGAUGCAGCGUAUGCAGGAGCACUUUUACGACGAUGCCAAUGGGGAGUCGUAGAGUGUGGAGGUGGUGAUACGAGUAUAUAAAGUAAUAAUGUUGGGGUUUACAUAUAUAUUUUAAUAUUUACAAAAACACUAUAUUUUUGACGAUUUUGAGCACUGGAAAGUGCUGCUGAAGGAGACAUCGAGCAGAAUCUCCGAGUAGUUUGUUUUUAUUAUGUAUUUCAUUGUAAAAAUAUAACGGUACAUUUUUCAUUUUGUUAAUAAAUUUGUAGUGUAAUUGGUAGCGAGGAUAUGAGAGGCAUAAGAAGCCAGUGACAUAAGUAAGAGGAAGCCAACCUUUGUAUCUUUUUUUAUUGUUAUUAUUAGU